UAUAAACAUUCAUGACCAUUUAGCUUCUGAAGCCAUAUUUAGCAUUUACGGUUUAGAUCAAUAAUUAAUCGUCUUUGUUUGACAUAAAUGACUCUCAGCCAUUCAGCGGCCCAGAAAGAAAAUGCGCGGCGCCUUGCUAAAUUUACAAGGAAUAAGAAAAGUGAUACAAGAUUAUCUACACACGUUAGUCUGAUCCAAUCUGCCCUGGGAGGUUAGACUACAAACGCGCGCUAAUCUCACCAUUGCAGACGAACUUUUUCGUGUUAUUUUGAUGAAGAGUUUGCCACUGAGAGCAUAAUACAUUUACAGAAUGAUAUUUACGCACAUUUUCCGUUAUUUGGAUGACAGAGAUGCUGAAGAGACGAGGAAAAACAACGGUGAAAAUAUAAGACCGCCAGCCGCGGAGUACCGGUUUCAUGUGUCCUCAACUGAGCAUCGUGAUGCGAAGUUUGAACAGAUUUCUUGGAAAGCAACUCCAGGUCUAACUGUUGUUUCCGGAGCUCACCAAACAGGCGCAAGUUUAAGUAAAACAUCAUCCAGCGCUCCUCUGGCUCAAGGAUUUUGUUCGUUGCGAGGGGAAACGCUUGGCGCAAAAACAACAAAGAAACAAGUUUUACCUCCAAUUGGAAAAUUACAAAUUUCAGGGCUAGGUGGAAAAGAGUUUACACAAGAUGAAAAUUAUUUCGCAAAACUGCCACCAAUUGAACCACUGGAUGACAAAACGCAAGCAUUUCCGAAAAAAUCGAGGGCAUGUUCGGAAAAAGAGAGAGAGUCAAUUUGGAAUAAUACCUCGAUAAAUACUCGACUGCCUCAUAAAGAUCAAAUGUGUUUGGGGACGAACAGCGCGGAGCGGUUCAACACGGUAGGGCAGGUUAAGGAGGAGAGUAAUCCCAGGAUAGAAAAUGUGACAACGACUAAUCUGACUCCAGAAUUAUCGGCUGAUAACUGGAAUAAGAAACACGGACUUACAAUGCAAACAGUUGAUGACAUGACGUUGGUCAAAGCAGGCGCUAAAACUUCUUAUUAUCAAAAUGCUAAAAUGAAGCUGGACAUUGAAACUGUUAAAGUCCGAUCCUCGAAAACUGAUGCGAUUAACGCCGAUGAGACGAAGGAGUACAAAAUUCGGCGAAUUCAGACGCGACUAAAGAGUUUCUCGGACGGCGAAGAGUCACCUGAAAAUGAGAGGUGUCAAAACCGGGAUGAAAAUAGGAAAACGAAGAUGACAGAAGAUUUAUAUAAAAACUUGGGUUUAAUCGACCGUAACACUGGCUUUCUUCGACACUCCACGAAACGAAGAACGGGAUCUGCAAAGUCCCGGUGGUACAGUACGCCUUGCGUACAAGCAGGGGAAGUUUCACGUUUGAAAGCUCACGGAGGCUCUAUUUCUUCCGCGGUGCGUGGCGAAGGAAAGAGGAAACGUCCGAUACAGUUACUUGCGUGCGUCAAAGGAAGACGAAACGCUAUCUGCGAGGUAAUUGAACAGAGCAUAGAGCCUGAAUUCGGUUCGAGUUUAUACGAAAUGAGGAAAAGUUUAAUUAGUAUAAUGUGAAGACAGCUUGCAACCAAGACGAGAUCAAACAGCGCCAAGUGACUAAGAGACAGGUGAUUUUUUUUUGCCACCCUCGAGUUUCCGCAAGAUGUAUUUCAUAACGGCAUCGUGCCGUGUGAAUUCAUUUCGCACCAAAAAAACACCGCCAUUCCCUGGAAAUGGCCUCUGCACAAAAGGGAAAUUGCUCUUUAUGGACGUUAUGGCGUUCGUCAAAACAUAAAGUUGAUUUUAUGUUCAAUAAUACUAUAAAUAUAUUUUUCGACGCCGGUUAAAGGACGAUGGAACUUUACCAAGGGUUUCGACAUAAAAAUACUGUAAAAAUAAACACAUUCAUUUGUAUUUGCGGAGCCUAAAAAGGCUUUUGUGAAUAUUUAGCGAUUUAAAAAUAGGAAUUAGCUAAGAUGACAAUCUAUUGAUAGAAGUGAAUAACUAAUUGGAAUUUUAAUUUAACUCGCAGAAUAAAUUGUUGUAACUUUUCGAGGUAUCAAUUAAUUUAACUUAUACUACCGUGCUGUUAAGUAUUUUCUCGUGGCCGCCAAAUCGCAGAUGAUCUUGGAAAUAGUGUAAUCGGAAAAAUAGAUUUUGAUAAAAUUAACUUCGAAAAAUUAGAAACGUGGCAAGCAACAUGCUACAAACAAUUUCGAUAAGUCGUUGGCAAGAGGCCGGAAGCCUUAGUAUUAAAGGUGACUAAAAUGUUUAUCUUUUGCGCGCAUCGUUAAAAUACCCACGAAAAUAGCUUCUUUUGUUCAAGAUGAGCGAAAUUAUUCAUGUGUCGAUGGAACAUUUUCAAGGAAACAUAAAAACCGCAGGUAGGCCGAAAGAUCUGAAUUUCGUGACCGGCCAAGUGGGAGACCAAAUAAGUAAUUAUGCUUACAUUUAUUCCAAAACUAAAGCAGGAGGCGGUCGAUAUGUUAAGGAUACGAAAAAACCAUAAUAGCGCCUUUCUGAACAAAUUUUCGUAAAGUUAUGUCAAACUGGUAAUCCAUGUGACUCGUAUCUUUUCCUGGUACGCAUGCGUGGAGUAGACACCCAUUUUCAGCUGGUCAAAUAAUAUUAAAAUUACAAGUUAUCUCGGGAGUUUAACCAACCUUUGGCGUCACAAAAGUAAAGGAUGUUUGCUUGGUGGUUCUUUCAUCUUUCCCGAUUUAAUAUUUAAGAUUUCUAAUGAGGAUAACAGUCGUAGUAUUUUCCAAUUAAUUUGUAACUUGCCCAUUAUUUAAAAUAAUGCGAAACACUGUGUACUUGGGCGGAAGUAAAUAUCGAGUGUAACGGUUUAUAUCUGAGACAGUGGGAUAGGAAUAGCAGGUCAUAAGAGUUCACUUUCCCUCUAUAUGGUAAAAUUUAAGACAAAUGUAAAUAUUGCAUAUUGUGGAGCCUGAAAACAAAAAUGAAUUAUAAAUAUCAAAACAGUUUGGUAGGGCAUCAUAUUGUGGGUAUUGUGAGAAGUUUAUGACAACAGCCAAACAAUCCUAAUAAAGAGUUUUUUUCGGUUAA